UAUUUUUUCAAUUUCAAACUCAGCCCCACGUCUCUCCUCUGUUCCCAACAGCCCCUGCGCCCCCAAGUCUCCCUGCAUUUCCAAACCCCCAACUCCAUCAACACUAUACCAUCUCGCACCUCCACUGCUGCCAAGUUCCAUAUUCCUCUUCCAUCGUUUCUUUUCUUUUCUCUUACACAAUUGGCUGCAGGCUGCGAUAAAGAUGGGUUCAGUAAGAGUAAAGAAACCCCAUGCAGUAUGCGUUCCAUUCCCAGCACAAGGCCAUAUGAACCCCAUGAUGCAAUUAGCCAAGCUCCUACACUUCAAGGGCUUUUAUAUAACCUUUGUCAACACUGAGUUCAACCACAAGCGCUUAAUCCGGUCCAAAGGAGCAGAUCACCUCAAGGGCCUGCCAGAUUUCAACUUCGAAACCAUACCGGACGGGUUGCCGCCUUCUGACCGUGAUGCAACCCAAGAUGUCCCUGCCCUUACUGAUUCCAUAAGAAAGAACUGCUUGGCACCCUUUAAAGAGCUAGUGCUUAAGCUCAAUUCUGUACAUGAGUCUGAAGUGCCUCCUGUUAGUUGCAUAAUAUCGGAUGGGAUUAUGGGUCUUGCAAGUAAAGCUGCUGAACAAUUAGGCAUCCCGGAGGUACAAUUCUGGACUGCCUCGGCUUGUGGCUUCCUCGGACAUCUGUCCUUCACUGAACUCAUCAAAAGAGGCUUUGUUCCCUUCAAAGACAAAAGCUUCAUGCAUGAUGGAAAGCUUGACACACCAAUCGACUGGAUCCCAGGCAUGAAAAACAUCAGGCUCAAGGACCUCCCUAGCUUUAUCAGAGUCACGGACACUAAGGAUAUCAUGUUCGACUUUCAGGGGUCAGAAGCUCAAAAUUGCUUGAGUUCUUCAGCGAUUAUCUUCAACACAUUUGAUGAGUUUGAAUAUGAAGUACUCGAGGAAAUUUCGGCCAGAUUCCCUCGCAAUAUAUACACCAUAGGCCCGCUUUCCCUGCUAAGUCGGCAGGUCCCUGAUAGCCAACUAAAGUCUCUAAGUACAAGCUUAUGGAAAGAAGACUCGAAAUGCCUCCAAUGGCUUGACAAAAGAGAACCCAAUUCAGUUGUUUACGUGAAUUAUGGCAGUGUGACUGUUAUGACAGAACAACAUCUGAAGGAGUUUGCAUGGGGGCUUGCAAAUAGUAAGCACUCAUUUUUGUGGAUUGUUCGGCCUGAUGUAGUGAUGGGAGACUCGGCAAUUUUGCCUGAAGAAUUCUUUGAGGACAUAAAGGACAGGGGAUUGAUAGCAAACUGGUGCCCCCAAGGCCAAGUUCUGGCACACCCAUCUGUGGGCGUUUUCCUAACACACUGCGGGUGGAAUUCCACUUUGGAAAGUGUUUGUGGUGGUGUGCCUAUUAUUUGCUGGCCAUUUUUUGCAGAGCAGCAAACCAAUUGUCGAUACGCUUGCACUAGUUGGGGGAUUGGCAUGGAAGUCGACAAUGAUGUUAAACGUGAUGAGAUUGAAGCACUCGUUAAGGAAAUGAUGACUGGGGAUAAGGGAAAGGCGAUGAGACAAAAGGCAGUAGAGUGGAGAAAGAAAGCAGAGGAAGCUACUGAUAUCGGAGGCUCAUCUUACAAGAAUUUUGAAAGGUUGAUUAAGGAGGCUCUCCAUUAGUCAAUGCUGAACCUCUCUCUCUCUGAAGCUCACGAACCCAGCUCUUUGCCAAAGCCUCAAGAUCCACUCCCUCUGCAAACAAUAGGCAAUGAAGUGCCGAAACUCUCUGGAAGCUGUGGGCGAGACAUCUACCUCCGCUCUGUCGUCUCCGGCCUAUUCCACUCUGUCGGUCUCUCCCGAUUCAACCCAGACAGCGCCGUAGACGAUGGUUUCGUGGCCGCCGUUGGGUCGGGCCUCACCGGCCUAAUCGUCUUGGCCAAUCAGCUCAACCUCAACCGGGUGUUUUCCUACCAACAUGUCCAAAUACACCACAGCAAAACUCAGAAGAAAACAAGCACCUGGGAGUUACAGAAGAGGAUGAAGGUCAUGAAAAGGAGACAAAGUUAGAACUACUUGGCCGAGCCAGCAGGCCAUUCUGGGUACGUCUGAUCAUAUUUUCUGCAUUAAUAUUUCUUGAAUAUUUGCAUGCCCAAUUGACCUAUACAUGAUUUUUUCAACUUCCUGGACCAGUUUCGCCGGUACGACCGCUACAUAUCUGUUAUACCCUCAUAUCUUAUCGCUGGCGAGCUAGAUCGUUGCAGGCUCUGGCUUUUGCUUGUAGAAUAAGUCCACAAUUAUAUAUGUACACAAGCUGUUCAAGUAAGGCCUUUUGCUAUGAUUUCCAGUCUCUCAAAGAAAGAUGCAGACUUUUCCAUCAAGUUCCCCAUCUUUCUCGCCUUCUCGCCAGUUUCCACCAAGCUUUUCAGCUCAGCCUUUGACCUGCUUUCGAGUUCCGCCUCGAAGCGUCUAAACUCGUCCAUGGCGCUCUCCAAAACCGAUUCAAGGUAGUCCUCGGCUUGUUGCAACUCGGUCUCGGCCUCUUCAACUUCCUUUUGCUGUUCUUGUUCCAUGGCUGCCCAUGACUUGUAUGCUUCGAUCUCGAAGAGUUUCAUGAGAUCUUCAAUGGUGGAUGGAUCAAAGCUCUUGUCUUGCAAGGCUUGAUCUGAGAGGAGGGUGAAAUGGUAGAUGAGAGCUUCCAUCUUU